CCCGCUCCUCGUGCUCGCCACACCCACCACCCGCAAGAUGUCGGCCAUAGCAUCAGGCAGCACACGCCUGCACGUCUCCGGCCGCUCGGAGGUCUUUGUGCCGCCGGAGCGCGCUACGCUGCACAUCUCGGUGCAGACGGAGCACCGCGACAAGGAGCAGGCCAGCCUCACGGCGCGCCAGACGGCCAACCAGGUGGCGCAGAUGCUGCGCGAGCUCAACCCGCUCGUCGCCGGCACCAAGACGGCGACGGAGGCGGCACCCGUGACGUGGUGGACGAUGGACACGAUGAGCCUCGGGUACAAGCGCUACGACGACCCGCAGGGCCUCAAGCAGUGCACCAUCAACUUGCGCGCCAAGUUCCGGGCCUUCGACAAGCUCAGCGACAUCGUCGGCACGCUCUCCGCUGCGCCACACGUGCGCAUCGCCAGCAUCACCUGGGCGCUCACCGAUGCGACGCGCCUCUCGAGGCAGUCUGAGCUGCGUCGUGCUGCCGUUGCCGAUGCCAAGGAGAAGCUGCAGGACUAUGUGAGCUGUGCUGUGCCUGUGAGACCGUCCGUGGCAAGUGUUGACGCCCGCCGGCAACAGGUGUCCACUCUCGAGCUGCAGAGCGUGCGCUGCGUCGAGCUGCACGACUGCAGCAGCGACUACCGGGGCAUGCAGCGCAGCUACGCCGCAGCGGCACCGAUGAUGCUGCGCGGCGCCGCCGUUGGAGCGCCGCAGGACCCUGGCAUCGACCUGAACCCGGACGACGUGCGCCUCGAGGGUGCCGUCAACAUGGUGUUCGAGGGGCAAUAGGCGCUUGCAGCGCCGGAAUGUCAUGC